UCGAAAGCUGCGGAUACCGGCACUGACAAUAAAAGGUUUUAAUUACCGAAAAUGUGAAGUAAUAUAUCUGAUGCCAUUCAUUCAUAUGUCAUUAUACAUAACCUGGUCCUGGGUAUGGGUCGCCCACUCCAAUAUAUAUAGGUGAUCAGAUACAUCACUCUUUUAUAACCACCAAAUUUCACAAGCAUAGCCACGAUUCUGCUUUCCACUUUGGCUGGUAUUGGCUAUAGAUGGUGACCUUAGCAUUACAAUAAACAAGAUGCGGGUUGCUUCGGCACAGACUAGACAACUUUUCAGAGAGCCGACAGGAGGUGACUUGGGUACUAAAAUUAUAGACGCAAAUAGUUGGAGUAUUAGUAGAGUGCCUGAUCGACUACGUGGAGUAAAUGCAAAAGCCUAUGAGCCAAAUGUGAUUCCAAUUGGUCCCUAUUUCCGUUUUCAUUAUACGGAACACUCGGAGGCAUUGGAAGUUGUCAAAAAGAAUUGCUUCAGUCGGAUUAUUGAGAAAACCAAGCUUGAUCCCAUCGUAUUUGUAGAGGCCAUGAAAUCAAUGGCAGAACGAGUUAACAAAUUCUAUAAAGAUGAACCUGAUUAUUUUCCAGAAAUGCUGGUCCUUGAUGGAUGCUUUAUUGUUCAGCUAAUACUGGGGGAGUACCCAGAAGAGGAUUUUUGCCAACUGGGACGGAUUCAAACUGACAUUCGGUAUGAUUUGUUACUGUUAGAAAAUCAGCUUCCUUUCUUUGUGCUCUUCGAGCUGUAUCGCAUAAUAACGUCAAAGGGCGAAGAUGCUCUUGAUGAGUUCGCCCGUUUGGCUCUUUCUUUAUUCACCAAAGAGGCACAAGGAACAGAGAUGUGGUCUGAAAAUUACUGUCCCACUGCCACAAAAGAUAUCAAGCAUCUUCUGGGCUUAGUACAUGAUACUUGCCUUCCUUCACCUCAAGGAAGAGAACUCCACAGGGAUUUUAAACAAAAAGCAGAAGCAGAAGCAAAAGAACCAAAAUCCCAACGCUCAUGGAAAUUCAUACGCAGUGCAACAGAGCUGGAAGAGGCAGGAAUCAAUUUCUUUGGUGAUAAUAAGAAUAAGUUAGGUGUAGAGAGCUUGUUCGAUAUAAAAUUUACAGAUGAUACAAAAGAACUGAAGAUUCCAACCUUCCACGUUGACGAUAAUACGGAGCGUAUCUUGCGAAAUUUAAUGGCCUACGAACAAUCCAUCCCAAGUUCGGAACCAACUUACGUUUGUGAUUAUGUGACGUUCAUGGAUAACCUCAUCAACACAGGCAAGGAUGUGCAAUUACUCUGUAACUGUGGAGUUAUUGAUAAUUGGUUAGGGGAUGAUGAAGCAGUUGCCCAAAUGCUUAACAAACUUCGCAACAACAUUUACUCGUCCGAGGACUUCUACUAUGCGGAGAUAUUUGGUAAGGUGAACGAGCAUUGCCAGAGAAAAUGGAACAAAUGGAAGGCAACAUUGAAGAGAGAUUAUUUUAACUCGCCCUGGUCGCUCAUUUCCUUUCUUGCUGCGGUUAUCUUGCUCCUACUUACCAUCAUACAAACUUUAUUUUCGGUUCUUUCUUAUGUUCAUCAGUAAGUCUAAGUUUUCUUAAGUUUCCAUGGUUGAUCGGAGGCAGGGAAAGUACUAAAAGCUCAUGUUAAUGAGCUAUUACAUAUAAUAAAAUAAAUACUUGACCGCUGUCAACAGCCAUGUACGUGUAUUAAUUAGAUAGCUGUUUGUACGUGUAUUAAUUAAUUGUGUAAUUGCUUCGAUGGAUUAAUGCUUAUUCUCUGGGUUUCCUAGCAAUAGAAUUUGUUUAACUUGUGUUGCCAAAAAUAAUAUAUUUUAAUUACAGCGCCUUCUG